UCCGGAGCUGUCGUACACCUGCUGUCCGAGACUGGCACCCAGGUCCCGGUGCGGCUCAACAUCAAGACCGACGUGGAGGCUGCCACGGCCGCCGCCGCUGCUGCUGUUAGAGGAAUGACCGGCGCCGGCACCCUCUACCUCGUGCAGGUGACCAAGGUACCGGCGGAGGAGAUGUUCGUUGAGAAGCGGCUGGUGCUGACUGCCGACUUCACGGGGCGAGUGCUGGCGGUGUCGGCGCCGCAGUCCACCCUGUUUGGCUUCCCCGGCUCCGAGCUGCUGGGCAGCUGCCUGGCGGACUCGGUCGACCUGUUCGCGGACUGGCGGGAGCGCAGCGGCGAGGGGCAGAUGCAGAUGCUGCUGCUGGCCCUGCUGGACAAGGAGCAGGAGAUGCCGGGCACGUCCUGGCGUGUGCGGGUGCAUGCGCCACCAUCCGCUCACGAGGGAGAGCUGCCGCCGCUGCCGGGCCAUGUACGAACCGCCAAGGCCAAGCUGUCCUGCUCCGCCUGCCUGCAGGUUGAGCUUGAUGAAGACGGGGACGGCGGCGCCAUUGCUGACAGCAGUGCAAUGGGAGCCCUUGGCGACGACAGCAACAAC